GGCGGUUGUGUGUGUGUGUGUCGCUGUUCGUCGGGCGGAGGAGAACUUCACGGCGCUCCACGGGUGUGGCUUCGAACGUGAUAAAUCUCAACACGGGGGUAAAAGAGGAAUGCCUCGGGGUAACUGAAGCAAACAAAGAUUGAACACACACACACACACACAGAGAGAGAGGGGGGAGUGUUGAGGGCGUGUGUGGUCGCAGACUGUGGGGAGUACGUGGGCUCGGUUUCUAAACAGCUGGAGUAUUCUUUCUUUCUUCUGCUGAACUUCGUGGCCCGUGUUCGUGGGUUGAACCUGCUCCAGUGCUGUGCGCGAGGAAACUGCUUAAAGUCCGUCGUCCUUUUUUUUAAAAAAAAAAGUUGAGUCAAGUUGGAGUUUUUUUGGGGGGAAGGACCGUUGAACAACUUCCACGAAAGGAACACACCAAUGCGGCUCUAAGUGACUCAACAACCGACAGCGUCCGUGGGAAUCUGUGACUUUUAAAAGAACUCAAUUCCAAGUUCGCAGCUGGAAAUUGUUGGUCCUCGAGCAACGUCACGUUUGUCGGCACUCUUGAAGAACAGGGAAGUCGCCUCUCACGCCACUUGAAAGCCCUUGUGUUGUUUUCAAAGGGGGUUUCGGACUCUGGGCCGUUUUUCUUUUUCUUUUUGACUUGAAAUACAUUUCACAGGUAACAUUUCCCCACUAAACAGCAGACCUGAAGCGAGCACUGGGAACCAUGGGUUGUACGGUCAGUCAGGAAGAUAAAGCCGCGGCCGAGAGGUCUAAGAUGAUUGACAAGAACCUCAGAGAAGAUGGAGAGAAGGCGGCCAGAGAAGUCAAACUGCUGCUACUGGGUGCUGGCGAGUCAGGGAAGAGCACCAUUGUGAAGCAGAUGAAGAUUAUUCAUGAGGACGGUUACUCAGAAGACGAGUGUAAGCAGUACAGAGCGGUGGUCUACAGCAACACCAUCCAGUCCAUUAUGGCCAUCAUCAAAGCCAUGGCCAACCUCAAGAUUGACUAUGAGGAGUCAGCCAGAGCGGAUGAUGCCCGCCAACUGUUUGCCCUGUCAGCAGGAGCAGAGGAGCAGGGCAUCCUGCCAGAGGACCUGGCCAACGUCAUCCAGCGACUGUGGGCCGACAGCGGCGUCCAGAGCUGCUUCACACGGGCCCGAGAGUACCAGCUCAACGACUCUGCAGCCUACUACCUGAACGACCUGGAGAGGAUAGCCAAGCCAGAUUACAUCCCCACACAGCAGGACGUGCUGCGGACUCGAGUCAAGACCACUGGCAUCGUGGAGACACAUUUCACCUUCAAGGACCUGCACUUCAAGAUGUUUGACGUCGGAGGUCAGCGCUCAGAAAGGAAGAAGUGGAUCCACUGCUUUGAGGGAGUCACGGCCAUCAUCUUCUGCGUCGCCAUGAGCGCCUACGACCUGGUGCUGGCCGAGGACGAGGAGAUGAACCGGAUGCACGAGAGUAUGAAGCUGUUUGACUCCAUCUGCAACAACAAGUGGUUCACGGAGACGUCCAUCAUCCUGUUCCUGAACAAGAAGGAUCUGUUUGAGGAGAAGAUCGUCCACAGCCCUCUGACCAUCUGCUUCCCUGAGUACACUGGCCCAAACAAGUACGAGGAGGCGCAGGCCUACAUCCAGACCAAAUUUGAGGACCUGAACAAAAAGAAGGACACCAAGGAAAUUUACACCCACUUCACCUGCGCCACCGACACCAAGAACGUGCAGUUUGUGUUCGACGCCGUCACCGACGUCAUCAUCAAAAACAACCUGAAGGACUGCGGCCUCUUCUGAAACAACAACAACAACAACAACAACAUGUCUGAUAAAAGAGUCCAGAUUACUACUUGAACGGUUGUGACGACCAUAAAGACGAGGGGAACACACACACACACAUACACACACACACACACACACACACACACACACACACACACACACAUCAUGAAUGACUGCACUGGCCAGAACCACGACGUACGCUUCGAUCUGCUUUUUAUAAUAAAAACAAACAAAAAACAACAACAACAAAGAGACUGAAAGCUCGACAACCCUUGCAGAAUUUCAUCGUAACGCUGAUCCAGUCGCUCGUAUCCUUCACUCUUUGACCUCUGAUGACCACAGGAAAAAAAAUUAAAUCAAACUUUAUUUUGUA